AUGCAACCACCGCAUCGUGGCGGGACAUUUACUGAUUGCAUUGCUACCUCGACUGAGGGCAAUGAAAUAAUCCUGAAAGUUUUAUCUGUGGAUCCAAAAAAUUACGAAGACGCCCCAGUCGAGGCUAUCCGACGUGUUCUCGAGAUUCAUAGAGGAACCAAGAUUCCUCGGGGGGAGCAACUUGACCUUUACGAUGUCUCGGAAAUUCGACUUGGCACAACUGUGAGCACCAAUGCACUUCUUGAACGGAAGGGAAGCAAAGUAGCAUUAUUUGUUACACGAGGCUUUCGCGAUGUAUUGCAUAUUGGGGAUCAGAGCCGCCCUUAUAUGUUCGAUUUCAAAAUCAAUAAACAUGAUACGUUGGCUUCCGAUGUUUGGGAAGUGGACGAAAGGGUGACCGUUGAAACCUCUUCCGAGUAUAAAGCGGCAAACCUGGAUUUUUAUUUAAGAUUUGUCGAAGCUAGGAGUAUCACAAACCAGCCCCUUCGAAUCAUUGAGCCGCUUAAUGUUGAAUCAACAACUCUAAAGCUUCAGGAAGCAAAAGCUAAAGGCUAUGAUUCCGUUGCAUUUUCUUUUUUACAUUCUUAUUUGUAUCCCAAGCACGAAGAGGAAGCUGCAAAUAUUGCAGAAAGCCUUGGUUUCAAAAACAUCGUGCUAUCUUCAGAGGUCUCGGCUUUAUCUGGAUUUGUUGGCCGAACACAGUCAUCUGUUGCAGACGCGUACGUCACUCCCGUAAUGAAAGAUUACGUCAGGACUUUUGCGUGUGGGUUUGUUCCUGGUACUUUUGAUCGAGUCAAAUGUCAAAUUAUGCAAUCCGACGGAGGUUUGAUCAGCUUUGAAAAGAUCAAUGGCUUGCGUUCACUACUCUCUGGUCCUGCUGGAGGCGUUAUCGGCUAUAGCAAAAGCACCUACAAUUGUGAAAAGCCAUUAAUAGGUUUUGAUAUGGGCGGAACUUCGACGGACGUUUCAAGAUAUGAUGGGAAGCUAGAGCAUGUUUUCGAGACUGUAACGGCAGGUGUUUCAAUAAGGACACCUCAACUGGACAUCAACACUGUGGCAGCGGGCGGAGGCUCUAUACUAGAAUGGAAAAACGGGUUGUUCACUGUAGGGCCAAGAUCGGCUUCGUCCCACCCUGGACCGGCUUGCUACAGAAAAAAUGGACCACUGACGGUGACAGAUGCUAAUCUUAUAACAGGAAGACUUAUUGAAGAAUUCUUUCCCAAAGCUUUUGGACCCAAUGAGGACGAGCCUCUAGACUAUAAUAGUCCACUGAAAAAGUUUGAAGAGCUAACCCGAGAGAUUAAUGAAAGUACAGGUACGAAUUUUACCGUUUUUGAUGUCGCGGAAGGUUUUUUAAAGGUUGCAAAUGUGUCAAUGUCAAGACCUAUCAAAGCAUUGACCGAGUCAAAAGGUCAUAAGGCUUCAGAUCACGUUUUAUGUUCAUUUGGCGGGGCAGGAGGUCAACAUGCUUGCCAUAUUGCUCAAAGUCUGGGUAUUACCAAAGUUUGCAUACACAAACAUUCAUCCUUGCUAUCAGCAUAUGGAAUAUCAGUGGCAGAUAGCGUGAUUGAAAAGCAUUUGCCGUGCUCAAAUAUUUUCACAGCAGAGAGUAGCUCUACCAUAUUUGACAAUCUUUUGCAACUUCAGAAGGAAACGGAAAAUGAGCUUGGUGAGUCUGAUAAGGCAAUUGAGUCAAAACUGUUUUUAAAUCUGAAAUACAAAGGCAGCAAUACUACAUUGAUGGUUGAGUGGAAAGGAGCAAAUGAUAUCAUUUCUGAGUUUGAGAAACAGCACUUGAGAGAGUUUGGUCUCAAAUCAGAUCGUGAAGUUGUUGUUGAGAGUCUCCGGGUAAGAUCUAUAGCGAGCGGAAUUGGUGGCAAAGUUACAUCUCCUUUGGACGAGGAAAAGACUACACACUUCAAAGAGCCACAAACAAACGCUAUAAAGAUUCAAAAAAGUUUCUUUGACUCAAAGUUUGUUGAUUGUCCUGUCUAUGUCUUAGAGGACUUGCAAAAAGGUGACCUGAUUCCUGGCCCCGCUUUCAUCGUCAACGACAUACAAACUUUGGUCAUUAUCCCAAAUGCAACAGCAAAAAUCCUGACAACUUCUGUUCUUAUAGAUGUGCCAAGGCUUGAUAAUCAGUCUACUAAAUUGAAAGUGGAUCCCAUCGAGCUGUCCGUUUUUAAUCAUCGGUUCAUGAGUAUUGCAGAGCAAAUGGGAAGAUCGUUGCAGCGCUCUAGUAUCAGCACAAAUAUUAAAGAGCGUUUGGAUUUUACAUGCUCUGUGUUUUCCGCUGAUGGUGGGCUAGUUGCAAAUGCCCCACAUGUUCCUGCAAUGAUAGGCUCAAUGGCGUAUGCUGUCAAAUGGCAGAUUGAUUAUUGGGGCAAAAAUAUUCUUCCCGGAGAUGUUAUCAUCUCCAACUCUCCAAUAGCUGGUGGCACACACUUGCCAGACAUUACCUUGAUCACACCGGUCUUUGAUGAUGACGGAAGCCGUAUUAUAUUUUGGACAGCCUCAAGAGGCCACCACGCCGACAUUGGCGGAAUUCUCCCGGGAUCAAUGCCACCUAACUCGACCCAACUUUGGCAAGAGGGCGCCAUUUUCAAGGCAGUCAAGGCGGUAAAAGAGGGUGUAUUUGACGAGCAAACAAUACGAGAAAUUUUGUACGACCAUCCGUGCAGAAUGCCAGGCAAUCAUGGGACUAGAACACUGAGCGACAAUAUUUGUGACAUUAAGGCCCAGAUUGCCGCAAAUGCAAAAGGUAUUUCACUAAUCAAAGCUCUCAUGAAUGAUUAUGGAAUGCACGUUGUUCAUCUUUACAUGAACGAGAUUCAAUCGGCCUCGGAGCUGGCCGUCAGAAACCUGCUGAAGGAUAUCAGUAAAAGGUAUGCUACGUCCCAUUUAGAAGCAGAGGACAACAUGGACGAUGGCACCGUGAUCCACCUUGAAAUUGACAUCGACACUGAAAGUGGGUCUGCUGUGUUUGAUUUUAGCGGAACCGGUUCACAAGUGAAUGGUAAUUGGAACGCCCCGAUAGCUGUCACGCAGUCUUCCAUUAUAUUUGCUUUGCGUUGUAUGGUCGAAGGCGAUAUACCUCUCAACCAAGGAUGUCUUGCUCCCAUUAGUAUAAAUGUUCCUCAGGGAACUCUUUUACGUCCUGACGAAGAGGUUGCAGUCUGCGCCGGCAACGGACUGACAUCGCAGCGUAUUGUUGACGUAAUCUUUCGAGCAUUCGAGUAUGCAGCGGCCUGUGGUGGUGACAUGUCGAACUUCACUAUUGGAGUUGACGGACCUGACGGAUUCGGCUACUAUGAGACCGUGUGCAAUGGAAGUGGUGCUGGACCUGGUUGGCACGGGGUGGAUGCAGUGCAAACAAAUAUGACGAACACCAAGAUCACAGAUGCAGAAAGUUAUGAGCAGAGAUACCCAGUUGUCUUGAGAAGAUUCGGUAUCCGUAAAGAUAGUGGAGGUGCUGGCAAAUUCAAAGGGGGAAACGGAGCAGUGCGUGAAAUCGAAGCAACUUCUCCGCUUGUCGCUUCUAUUCUUUCUGAAAGGAGAGUAUUUGCGCCCUACGGGCUUGCUGGAGGUUCCCCAGGAAAACGAGGAAAGACGAUGGUUAAAAGAGUUAACGGUAGUGUUAUUAAUCUCGGAGGAAAAAGUUGCAUUUACGUGGCUCCUGGCGAUAGAAUUAUUAUCAAGACCCCUGGAGGAGGGGGAUACGGCAGUGGCAACAGCGCCGAGACAGUCUCUAUGAAUGAUGAGUAUCUGUUCCAGCCUAGAGCGAACGGAUCAGUUGAAAUAAUGAGAGAAUUAGCUGAAACGAACUGA